UUUGAAGUGUUGUUGACAUAACGCUCGUCACAAGGCGUAGUUAAUUUUGUAUUAACGAAAAGGGCUCUGCUGCCUACAAAUGGCUUUCGUUGGAUGGCUUGUUUAAAGGUUUGUUUUGCACGACCUACAUUACUAAGCGUUCGUGGUUUCGUGGUUAGAUUCUUUGCUAUCGGAAUGGACGGCAUGGGUCUGGCUGUCAGUCGUUCACCGCUCGAGCGCUUAGAGUUCGACAAUGUCGCACUCAAAAAACUUCCAUUGGAUACAUCAGAACGAGUAGGUCCACGAAGGGUAGAAGGUGCGUGUUUCUCACGUGUGAACCCACAACCAAUAGUCAACCCCAGGUUCGUCGCCGUCUCGAGUGAAGCGUUGGCAUUGAUUGGGCUGAAUGCCGAGGAGGUUCUGAAUGAUCCGCUGGGACCAGAGUAUCUAGGCGGCUGCAAGGUAAUGCCAGGGUCCGAGCCAGCCGCGCACUGCUACUGUGGUCAUCAGUUUGGUUCGUUUGCCGGCCAACUGGGGGACGGGGCUGCCUGCUAUUUGGGGGAAGUAAAAGCACCAGCUGAUCAGUGCCCUGAGCUACUGCGCGAGAACCCCAGUGGGCGGUGGGAGAUUCAGAUCAAAGGGUCUGGACUGACACCCUACUCCAGACAAGCUGACGGCCGGAAGGUUCUGCGCUCCAGCAUCAGGGAGUUUCUGUGCAGCGAGGCAGUGUUCGCUUUGGGGGUGCCCACCACAAGGGCAGGGUCCCUGGUGACCUCAGACAGCAAGGUGAUACGAGACGUGUACUAUAAUGGAAACCCCAGCAAGGAGAGAUGCUCUGUGGUCCUCCGCAUCGCGCCCUCCUUCAUCAGGUUUGGAUCAUUUGAGAUCUUCAAGGCGCCUGACGAGAGCACAGGGCGCCAAGGCCCGAGCUACCGCCACGAUGAGAUCAGAGGUCAGAUGAUGGAUUAUGUCAUAGAGACCUUCUAUCCGGAGAUCCAGCAGAAUCACACCGACAGAGUGGAGCGCAAUGUGGCAUUUUUCAGAGAGGUGAUGCGGCGAACUGCUCGGAUGGUCGCCCUGUGGCAGUGUGUGGGUUUCUGCCAUGGAGUCCUCAACACGGACAACAUGAGCAUCCUGGGCCUUACUCUGGACUACGGCCCCUACGGCUUCAUGGACAGGUUUGAACCUGACUUCAUCUGCAACGCCUCCGACAACUCAGGCCGCUACUCUUAUCAGGCCCAACCUGCUGUGUGUCGCUGGAACCUGGCUCGCCUAGCUGAGGCCCUGGACCCAGAGCUGCCUCCAAGCCGGGCAGAGGCUGUCCUGGAUGAGUACAUGCCCGUCUACAAUGCCUUCUAUCUGGGUAACAUGAGGAGGAAGCUGGGUUUGCUGAGGAAGGAAGAGCCAGAGGACGAGAUGCUGAUCACCGAGCUGCUGCAGACCAUGCACAACACUGGAUCAGACUUCACCAACACAUUCCGCUGUCUGAGCCAGAUCCCUUGCCCCACUGAAGGCAGUGGGGAGGCAGAGGGAGGAAUCCUCAAAAUGGCCACAGACCUUCUUCUGGAGCAGUGCGCCUCUCUGGAGGAACUUAAGGCUGCCAACAAGCCCAGCAUGGACCCACGUGAGUUGGCCAUGCUGCUGCAGUUAGGCCAGAGCAACCCGUCCCUGCUCCAGAUGCUCAGCAGCCAGAGGACCGUGGCCAUACAGCUGGAGAAGCUGGCCAGGCUGAAGGAGCUGCUUGAGGCUGACGAAGAGGAGGUCAAGGCCAAGCAUAGAGAGGACUGGACUGCCUGGGUCACUGCAUAUAGGAAGCGUCUGGCUGUGGAGUUUGAGGGACAGAGUGACAUCCAGGCACUGCAGGAAGAGAGGGUGAAGGUGAUGGACAACACCAACCCACGCUACGUCCUCAGGAACUACAUUGCCCAGAAUGCAAUAGAGGCGGCUGAGAAUGGAGACUUCACAGAGGUCCAGCAGGUCUUAAAAGUCCUGCAGAAGCCUUUCACUUUCACCCAGCUGGGUCUGGAGAAGCCAAGAGGGCUGCGACCGGGUCGGAUGGAGGAGCACGGGGAGAGGGAUGAUGGAGGGCAGCAGGAGUCUGAACCGGCAGCAUCAUCCCGGAUGAGUGUUCCCUAUGACAGCAAGCCCCCGGUUUGGGCAAAUGAAAUCUGUGUCACCUGAUCUUCAUAGUACCUUCCCUGACAGUCAACCCACCCAAAGGUACAAGAGAGUCUCACUUGGUCAUCUCUUUUCUCUCUUGACCUGGAGGGGGGGGGCGGGCAUGUCUAGGAAGGUACAUUGAGGUUCGAUGCUCUUAUGUUAACCAGUCAGCCCAUAGAUAUACAAGGUUUGGGAAAAUGCAACAUCCCCAGAAAUCUGAAAUCACAAGUUUAGGACAUGUCGUGUCUUUAGCAGCUUUGUUGUCUUUUAUAUACACUGAACAAAAAUGUAAAAGCAACAUGGAAUAAUUUGAAAGAUUACUGUUCAUAUAAAGAAUGAGACAAUUCAAAUGGAUACAGUACCGGCCCAAAAGUGUUUUUACUGGUACUGUGCAUUAGACCCUGGAUUUCACUGAGAAAUAACCUUUUUUUGUGUUUGGAAAUUGUCUGGGAUCUUUUAUUUCAGUUCUUGAAACACUGGACCAACAAUUUAGAUGUUGCUUGUAUAUUUUUGUUUAGUAUAGCUCUCUGUGUACAUCUGUAUAGUUUAUUGGCUGUCUGGUUAUGAAUGACGGCUUAGACAUUCAAUCCUACAGGGAACUGUCUGGGUCUGAGAGACUAAGAGAAUCCCCUCUACCAAGAUUCUGUGUGUGUGUGAAAGGGAAUGAUUGAAUCAUGCAAAUUGCAUAUAAUAAUGUGACUAAGCUGCAAAUGACUUUACGCACAAGUAUAAAGUAACAUUUAUUUCACCAUUGUACAUUGUCAUAGAAACUGUAACACUGACCACGUAAUGGUUAAUUGUAGAAAUAUUACUCAACAGUAUUGCAUUAAGUAGGUGAAAACAACUGUAUUUUCCAGGAAGCUUCAAAACUCCAAUAUUAAACUGAAUAUUGGUUUAAGGUUAGGAAAUGAUCAUAAAAAUGUAUUGGUUGAGAUAUAUUUUAGGACUUGAUAUGCAAAUGAGAUGCCACAACGCUAAGGGGUUUGCUUUUUUUCACUUGUAACUUUAAUUUCUUUGAAACUGAUAUUUUCUAGCCCCAACAACUGAUAUUGAAAAAGCCAUUGCGUUUAAAUUAUAUUUUUGUAAGGUUUUACCCUGAUACUUUUUGUGAAGUGAAAACUAAAUGGAACUGUAUGCUA